UCUAAUUGCUAUUGACGCGUUAGUCGAACGCGCAUCUUAUCGCGUGGUGAUGGCAUAAUUACUUUGACCACCGGAAGAACACGGAUUCACUUCACAACAGGUGUUUCUAUCUGCUUCCGACCGACAGACGGAGAUAUUGUCGUCUCGUCGUCAGUCCACCGUUCCCGACUCUCUCUCUCUCAAAAUGAAACUCUCGUUCUCUCUACCUUCGAAGCAAUCUGGGAAACCAACUCAGAAGCCAUCGGAGAAUUUCAACGACGGAGACAGGAGAGACGAUACCGGGAUCACCAAGCUCGAAUAUGUUACGGAGUUCGAUGCUUCAAAAGCCCUAACUGGCAAAUCAGAAAAGCUCGUAAUCCCUCCAAAGCAGAACGAAUGGAGACCCACCAAGAAGAUGAAAAACCUCGAUCUUCCGUUUCAAUCUUCCACCGCCGCCGACCCUGACAUCCGCUUCGAGCUAGAGGCUCCCUCCACUGUUGGUAUUCCCGAUUCCGGUAUGUCUUAUGGCCUGAAUCUCAGACUGAACAAGGAGGGCGACGCCGAUGCUGUUGGCAACGGCGUUGGGGAUAAGGCUGAUAAUGAUGCUGUCGAGGCACCUAGUCGACCUUUGUCCUCUGAGAAUCUGCUUUUGCAAAAGUUCAAGGAGGAUAUGAAGAGGCUGCCUGAUGAUCGGGGGUUUGAUGAGUUCACUACUAUUCCUGUUGAGGGUUUUGGUGCUGCUUUACUUGCUGGUUAUGGAUGGGUUGAAGGAAGAGGGAUUGGAAGAAACGCCAAGGAAGAUGUGAAGAUCGUGCAGUAUGAGAGGAGAACUGCCAAGGAAGGACUUGGGUUUAAGCCGGAGAUGCAUGAUAAGAAGCAGGAAGGGCGUAAUUCGGGGCUUGACCACGCUGCGACAACUAGGCCAGAUAGGCAUGAGAAGGUUGCGUCUAAGGAGGAUAGGGAUGACGUAUCGGUCGGUAUGGUUGUUAGGGUUGUCGGUGGUAGGCAUAUGGGUCUGAAGGGGAAGGUCGUGGAGAAAUUGGGUUCUGCAAGUUCUGACUUGUCAAAGAUAGUUUUGAAGCUGUUGGAUGGAAGAGAGGAGGUCACUAUCAAGGUUAAUGAAGUUGCAGAGUUGGGUUCAGCGGAAGAAAAGAAGUGCUUGAAGAAGUUGGCGGAGUUGAAGAUUCAAGAAUCCAGGGAUGACAGAAGCAGCAGGGAUGAGAGAAGAGCUACUUCAGGUAGCCAUGGUUAUGACAGAGAAAAGAGGGAUGGUAGUAAGGACUAUAGGAGGAAGGAUAAGAGACAGAGAGAAGAGGGAAGGAGAGGUGAUGAAAUGAAAAUUGACAAUGGAACAACAUCUCGAUCAAGUAGCCGCAGGGAAGAAGAAACGGGAGCACGAGUUUCUUGGUUGGUGAGUCAUAUCCGGGUUAGAAUAAUUAGCAAAGAUUUCAAAGGUGGGAAGCUCUACUUGAAAAAGGGGAAGGUCGUGGAUGUUGUAGGACCAACAACAUGUGAUAUAUCCAUGGAUGAGAGCAGGGAACUUAUCCAGUGUGUGGAUCAGGAAAUUUUGGAGACCGCACUUCCAAAGCGUGGGGGUCCAGUUCUGGUUCUGUAUGGGAAACACAAGGGUGUCUUUGGAAACCUAGUGGAGAGAGACAUGGAGAGUGAAACCGGUGUCAUCCGAGAUGCUGAUACUCAUGCACUACUCAAUGUGCGCCUGGAGCAGAUUGCAGAAUACAUUGGGGAUCCAAGUCUCCUUGGGUAUUGAUUCUGUUAUUAGCACUGGAUUGAAGCUCUGAAACCACACCUGUUUAAUGGGGCUGCAUUUUAGUGAUAGCUUCGUCCUUGAGGAUGAGGUGAGGAAGCUGUUGCCUUAGUACUGAGCAGCCUCCCGUGUUGCAUCCUCUGGAGGCAGUCCUUGCCAUUCGACUAAAGCAUCUUGUACCAGUUGCUGAUGCUGUUUGAUCUAGCGAUAACCCCGGAUAUGCUUUGGUUGCAAAAUGGUGUGUCGAUCUUCAUCAAAUUCUGGUAGAGUUGGGCAAUGCUAGUUGAAGUACCCACAUGUUUUUUCAAUUUUGAUUCAUGAAAAACAGGGUGGAGACGACAGUAUUGGGGUAGAGAUAAUCUGUAUGCAACUGCUCCAACCCGUUCAGUGAUGGGAAAUGGUCCAUAGUAUCUUGGAGAUAACUUAUGCCAGCUUUUUCGCCCUAGUGAAGCUUGCCGAUAAGGAAGAAGCUUCAAACAAACCAAAUCACCUAUGUUGUAUUCAACCUGACGGUGAUAUUUAUCAUAUUGGGCCUUCAUUUGUUGUUGAGCCCAUGUCAAAUUUAUUUUGAGAUCCUUGAGAAUGUUAUCUCUAUCUAAUAGGUGAUUGUCAACUGCCGUUA